AUGAACAGUAAUCGGUCGUCAAGUACCGAUGAAUUGGAAUCGUUGCCACAGGGAAUCGAGCAAAAGGCUGAGAUUAAAGUUCUCACAGAUAAGGUUUGUCCAGAGGAGCUGUCGAACGAUGACUUGGAACUCGAACUGUGUGACGAUGAGCCUACCGAGGAGGAAAUGAGGACUUUGAAGCAUGUAGGCGGUACAAUUCCAUUCAGGUGUUGGUUGAUUGCUGUUGUCGAGUUGUCUGAGCGGUUCGCUUAUUAUGGUUUGAGUGCGCCCUUCCAGAACUAUAUGCAGAACGGGCCUGACGAUGUUCCAGCUGGUCUGUUGAACUUGAAGAGCCAGGGUGCUACAGGUCUUUCGUACUUCUUUCAGUUUUGGUGUUACUUGACUCCGAUCUGGGGUGGUUACCUGGCCGAUACCUACAUUGGGAAGUACAGCACCAUCUGCUGGGGCACAGUUGUCUACCUUGUCGGCAUUCUGAUUCUUUUCGUUACUUCGAUCCCAAGUAUCACCACGCCUCACGCUGCUCUCGGCGGGUUUGUUGCUGCCAUUAUUCUGAUCGGUAUCGCCACCGGUAUGAUCAAGGCUAAUCUUUCUGUGCUGAUCGCAGACCAAUUUCCCAAGCGGAGACCCCGCAUUAAGAUCCAGAAGAAUGGUACGAGGGUGAUUGAGGAUCCAAACAUUACGCUUCAAAACGUGUUCAUGCUUUUUUACCUGAUGGUCAAUAUUGGUUCGCUGUCUGUCAUUGCCACCACUGAGCUGGAGGCACAUGUGGGUUUCUGGGCUGCUUAUCUGCUGCCAUUCUGCUUCUUCUGGACUGCUGUGAUCGUUCUUGCCCUUGGUAAGAACCAGUACGUCAAGCCUCCCGUGGGUGAUAAAGUUAUCUCCAAGUGCUUCAAAGUCGUUGGUAUCGCUAUGAAAAAUAAGUUCAACUUCCAAAUGGCCAAACCAUCCGUCAGCCCAGACAAGGCGUACCCAUGGACCGACAAAUUUGUUGACGAGAUCAUCAGAUCUUUAAGUGCUUGCAAGGUGUUCCUAUUCUACCCCAUUUACUGGGUUUGUUACGGUCAAAUGUUGAACACUUUCGUUAGUGUGGGCGGCACCAUGGAACUACACGGCCUGCCAAACGAUUUUUUCCAGGCCAUCGACUCUAUCGCCUUGAUCGUGUUUAUCCCGAUCUGCGAAUUCUUCCUUUACCCGUUCAUCAGAAGGUUCACGCCUUUCAGGCCAAUCACAAAAAUCUUCUGGGGAUUUAUGUUCGGUUCUGCAGCCAUGGUCUGGGCAGCAGUCCUACAGCAUUUCAUCUACAGCGCCGGUCCAUGGUACGAAUACCCAAUGGGCAAAAACUCUCCAAACCACAUCCACGUCGGCUGGCAGGUUCCCGCAUACGUCCUCAUCGCGUUUUCCGAGAUUUUCGCCUCUAUCACCGGUCUUGAGUACGCCUACUCCAAGGCUCCCGUCACCAUGAAGUCCUUCGUCAUGUCCCUGUUCCUUGUGACCAGCGCUUUCGGCUCUGCCCUCGGUUGUGCGCUGUCUCCAGUCAGCGAAGAUCCCAAAUACGUCUGGUUAUACACUGGUCUUGGCGUCUCCUGCUUCAUUGCCGGGUGGCUCUUCUGGAUCUGCUUCAAGCACUACAACUACACUGAAGAGGCCAUGAACGCCCUAGACUACGAUGACGAUCCAGCUAUGUUGAAAUCCAGGAAGGACGCGAUCGAAGUCUCCUCCGUCGCAUAG